AUGCCAGCAGGAGCCCAUCACUCUGAGAAAGACGUUGCGUUGCUGGAGAGGUUGCAUCAACAAUUUGAAAGCUAUAAAGAGCAAGUAAGAAAGAUAGGGGAAGAAGCCCGCCGUUACCAGGGAGAGCACAAGGAUGAUGCUCCAACAUGUGGAAUCUGUCAUAAAACAAAGUUUGCAGAUGGUUGUGGCCAUUUAUGCUCUUAUUGCCGGACCAAGUUUUGUGCUCGAUGUGGAGGUCGUGUCUCUCUGCGAUCAAACAAUGAGGACAAAGUGUACAGGAAUACUGUUCCUACUCAUUGUGGAUCACAUUCAACAGUACCUCUAAGAGUUAUGUGGGUAUGCAAUUUAUGUCGAAAGCAACAAGAAAUCCUAACGAAAUCAGGAGCGUGGUUUUUUGGAAGUGGACCACAGCCCUCACCCAGCCAGGACGGAGCACUGAGUGAUACAGCGACUGGUGGAAGCUCGGAUGCACUGAGAGAAAAGAAAGCAAGACUUCAAGAGCGGUCAAGAUCACAGACUCCCUUAAGUACAGCAGCUGCCUCAUCACAGGAAAUCUCUUCUUCCAGCGUGCAGUCCGACCGGAGGAAAGGAGCAGAAGUAUCGCAGCCUGCUAUGGGCCUGGACCAAAAGCAAGUUUCAUCAAGGUCUAGAAGUGAACCUCCAAGAGAGAGGAAGAAGGCAAUGUUGGUUUCGGACCAGAAUGGCAAAGGCUUAAAGAGUGAGCGUAAGCGCGUGCCAAAAUCCUCAAUUCAAAAAGAAGGACCAGCAGAUGACAGGGAGCGCAAAGAACGGCAUGAAGGUAGAAGGCUGGAGAAAGGCAAGUCGCAGGACUACCCAGACUUGCCAGAGAAACUUGAGGAAGGCAAAGUGCCUGAUGACGAAAAACAAAGGAAGGAAGAUGAAUAUCAUACUCGUUACAGGAGUGACCCCAAUCUGGCAAGAUAUCCUGUAAAACCACAUCCAGAGGAACAGCAGAUGCGCAUGCAUGCGAAAGUUUCUAAAGCACGUCAUGAGAGAAGACACAGUGAUGUAGCUUUGCCACAUACAGAAAUGGAGGAAGCGGAGGUACCUGAGAAUAAAUUAGGAAAACGCUCACAAUUACAGGGAACUCAGGACAGAAAAUCUCUUGUGGAAACUCAGAGGUCGUACUCUAUAGACAGAACAGGUGAUGUAAGAAUUUCUGUUUCUAAACAAUUAACUAAUCAUAGCCCACCAACUCCCAGGCAUAGUCCAGUUCCUAUAGAACACGUAGAAUACAAGAACCACGAUUCCUUUAAAAAACAGAGCCGCCUUGAUCCUAGCUCUGCUAUUCUCAUGCGAAAAGCAAAGCGGGAGAAAAUGGAGACCAUGCUAAGGAAUGAUUCCCUUAGCUCUGACCAGUCGGAAUCAGUGCGGCCAUCCCCUCCAAAGCCUCAUAGAGCAAAAAGAGGCGGAAAGAAAAGGCAGAUGUCAGUUAGUAGCUCAGAGGAAGAAGGGGCAUCAACACCAGAAUAUACUAGCUGUGAAGAUGUGGAGAUAGAAAGUGAAAGUGUCAGUGAAAAAGGUGACUUGGAUUAUUACUGGCUGGAUCCUGCCACGUGGCACAGCAGGGAGACAUCCCCUAUUAGUUCGCAUCCAGUAACGUGGCAACCUUCUAAAGAGGGAGAUCGCUUAAUUGGGCGUGUUAUUCUUAACAAGAGAACAACCAUGCCAAAAGAAUCAGGUGCAUUACUAGGACUAAAAGUUGUUGGAGGAAAAAUGACAGAAUUAGGACGACUUGGUGCCUUCAUUACCAAAGUGAAGAAAGGUAGCUUGGCUGAUGUGGUGGGGCAUCUCAGAGCAGGGGAUGAAGUUCUAGAAUGGAAUGGUAAACCCUUACCUGGAGCUACAAAUGAAGAAGUUUACAACAUUAUUUUAGAAUCAAAAUCAGAACCUCAAGUUGAAAUUAUUGUUUCAAGGCCUAUUGGUGAUAUUCCACGGAUUCCCGAGACUUCUCACCCCCCGUUAGAGUCUAGUUCAAGUUCUUUUGAAUCUCAGAAGAUGGAAAGGCCUUCUAUUUCUGUUAUAUCUCCAACCAGCCCUGGAGCCCUACGGGAUGCACCACAAGUCCUACCUGGGCAGCUUUCUGUUAAACUGUGGUAUGACAAAGUGGGACAUCAGUUAAUAGUAAAUGUUCUGCAAGCAACAGAUUUGCCACCAAGAGUAGAUGGACGCCCCAGGAAUCCCUAUGUAAAAAUGUAUUUUCUUCCAGACAGAAGUGAUAAGAGUAAAAGGAGGACCAAAACAGUAAAGAAAAGUCUAGAGCCAAAGUGGAACCAAACUUUUCUCUACUCACAUGUACAUCGUAGAGAUUUUAGAGAACGAAUGCUUGAAAUAACCGUAUGGGAUCAGCCAAGAGUACAAGAAGAAGAAAGUGAAUUUCUUGGAGAGAUUCUUAUAGAGCUGGAGACAGCACUUUUAGAUGAUGAACCACAUUGGUAUAAGCUACAGACACAUGAUGAAUCUUCACUACCUCUGCCUCAGCCAUCACCUUUCAUGCCAAGAAGACAUGUUCAUGGUGGAGAAAGCACUAGCAAAAAAUUACAAAGAUCUCGGCCAAUCAGUGAUAGUGACAUCUCAGAUUAUGAUGUUGAUGAUGGUAUUGGAGUUGUUCCUCCAGUAGGUUAUAGAUCUAGUACUAGAGAAAGUAAAUCUACAACGCUAACUGUGCCAGAACAGCAAAGAACAACACAUCAUCGUUCACGAUCUGUAUCUCCUCACCGUGGCGACGAUCAGGGCAGGACCCGUUCACGUUUACCAAAUGUGCCAUUACAGAGGAGUUUAGAUGAAAUUCAUCAAAUGAGAAGAUCACGUUCUCCAACUAGACACCAUGAUGCCUCCAGAACUCCAGUUGAUUACAGAUCCAGAGACAUGGAUAGUCAGUAUUUGUCUGAUCAAGAAAGUGAGCUUCUUAUGCUGCCCAGAGCAAAACGAGGAAGAAGUGCAGAGUGCCUACAUACCAUCAGAAAUUCUGUUAGGCACUAUAAAACAUUACCACCCAAGAUGCCUUUACUAGAAAAUGGUACUCAUUGGAACCUAUACAGCUCAACUCUUCCUGCAUGUGCUAAGACCAAAUCAGUGAUUAGACAGGAUAUUUCACUCCUUCGUGAUUGCCUUAAUUCACAAAUACCGAAAUUUGGAGAUGAUCUACUUGUUAGUGAACUACAGCCCUCCCUUGACAGGGCUAGGAGUGCUAGUACCAACUGCUUGAGACCAGAUACUAGUUUGCAUUCACCAGAACGAGAAAGGGGUAGAUGGUCCCCCUCCCUAGAGAGGAGACGACCUACUAGUCCCAGGAUUCAUAUCCAGCAUGCAUCUCCGGAGGAUGACAGAACAAGGACGCUGGAGUCUUGCAUUCCAAAACAGGACAGUGUAGACCACCUAAGUGCUAAACCUGGAGCAGCACAGAGGCAGUCCAGAAAAGUGGAAAGAUAUAGCAGCCAAAAACAAACUAGGAAAGGCUCCGCAACUGAAACAGAAAGGGGUCUGCUACCAUGUCUUUCUAGAAGGGGACUUCCAACCCCACGAACGACUGAACAGCCAGUUAUUAGGGGAAAGCAUCACGCUCGCUCAAGGUCGAGUGAGCACUCUAGUAUCAGACCCUUAUGCUCUGUACAUCACCUAGCGCCCGGAGGGUCGGCGCCGUCUUCUCCACUUCUGACAAGAAUACAUCAACAAGGAAGUCCCACACAGUCUCCUCCUGCAGACACAUCCUUCAGCAGUCGCAGGGGAAGACAGCUACCGCAAGUUCCAGUAAGAAGUGGCAGUAUAGAGCAAGAGCAAGAGACUUUUAACUCUUCCACAAAAGCAAGCUUAGUAGUGGAGGAGCGAACGAGACAGAUGAAAAUGAAAAUGCACCGUUAUAAUCAGACAUCAGGGUCUGGUUCUAGCCAAGAACAUGAGCGUGAGCAAUAUACCAAGUAUAAUAUACAAACAGAUCAGUACAGAAGUUGUGAUAACGUCUCUGCCAAAUCAUCAGAUAGUGAUGUCAGUGAUGUGUCAGCCAUUUCCCGAACCAGCAGUGCCUCACGCCUCAGCAGCACAAGUUUUAUGUCAGAGCAAUCUGAACGCCCUCGGGGCAGAAUCAGUACAUUUACUCCUAAAAUGCAAGGCAGACGGAUGGGGACUUCAGGGAGAAUCACUAAGAGCACAAGUGUGAGCGGAGAGAUGUAUAAGCUGGAGCACAAUGACGGGAGUCAGUCGGACACAGCUGUCGGCACGGUUGGAACAGGUGGGAAGAAAAGGCGUUCCAGCCUUAGUGCCAAAGUGGUUGCCAUAGUGUCUCGAAGGAGCAGAAGCACAUCUCAGCUUAGCCAAACAGAGGCUGGCAACAAGAAGCUAAAGAGUACGAUACAGAGAAGCACAGAGACAGGAAUGGCAGCAGAGAUGAGAAGUCGAAUGGUUCGACAGCCAAGUCGGGAAUCCACUGAUGGCAGCAUAAAUAGUUACAGCUCCGAGGGCAACUUAAUAUUUCCUGGAGUACGGCUGGGCGCUGACAGUCAGUUUAGCGAUUUCCUCGAUGGACUUGGACCGGCACAGUUAGUAGGACGACAAACACUAGCAACCCCGGCCAUGGGUGACAUCCAGAUUGGAAUGGUGGAUAAAAAGGGCCAGUUAGAAGUAGAAGUCAUUAGAGCCCGUGGCCUCACACAAAAACCUGGCUCCAAAUCUACCCCGGCUCCAUAUGUCAAAGUGUAUUUAUUGGAAAAUGGAGCAUGUAUAGCUAAGAAGAAGACAAGAAUUGCACGGAAGACCCUUGAUCCUCUGUACCAGCAGACACUGGUUUUUGAUGAAAGUCCACAGGGUAAAGUCCUUCAGGUAAUAGUUUGGGGAGACUAUGGCCGAAUGGACCACAAAUGCUUCAUGGGAGUUGCCCAGAUCCUUCUGGAGGAACUGGACCUGUCCAGUGUGGUAAUAGGCUGGUACAAAUUAUUUCCACCUUCGUCACUAGUGGAUCCAACCUUGACUCCCCUGACACGCAGGGCUUCCCAGUCAUCUCUGGAAAGUUCAACUGGGCCUCCCUGCAUUAGAUCAUAG